AUGACGGAGUUGGACCUUUCCUUCGUCCCCUCCCUCUACACUCCAUCCGCCCUGCUCCCGAUCUCCAGACAUAAAGACAGUCUACUUUAUACCAUCGAAACCCACCAAGUCACUGUGCUGGUUGGUCAAACAGGUAGUGGCAAGACUACUCAGCUUCCUCAAUUUCUAGAGCAAGGCGGCUGGUGCGCCAACGGAAAAUGUAUUGCAGUCACUCAGCCCAGACGAGUGGCUGUCACCACCGUCGCUACUCGUGUUGCCGAGGAAAAGAGGUGCCAGGUCGGUGAAGAGGUUGGAUAUUCAAUCCGAUUCGAAGACGUGACCUCCUCGCGCACCAAGAUCAAGUUCCUUACCGAUGGCAUGCUACUGCGAGAAGCGUUGGUCGAUCCGCUAUUGUCCAGAUAUUCUGUCAUCAUGGUGGAUGAAGCCCAUGAACGAUCUUUAAGCUCCGACAUUCUUUUGGGCCUGCUAAAGAAGAUCAAGAAGCGUCGACCAGAGUUAAGGAUCAUCAUAAGCAGUGCCACUCUGGAAGCCGAGCGAUUCGUAGACUUUUUCAAAGACCAAGAGGGAUCCAGCGACCAAUGUCGAAUCGUCAGCAUCGAAGGUCGGACAUACCCUGUCGAUCUCCUCUAUCUCGAUCAGCCAACGAAUGACUAUGUUAACAAGGCUGUUGAAACCGCUUUCACCAUCCACCAACAAGAAGCUCCAGGGGAUAUCCUAGUCUUCCUGACGGGUAGGGAGGAAAUCGAGAAGGCCAUGCAGAAAUUGUCCGAGCUCGCUUCGACCUUACAUCCCCAGGCUCAAGCACUUCAGCCCCUUCCACUCUAUGCUGGACUCAGUACGGAAGAACAGAUGUACGUCUUUUCCGAGGCGGCCGAAAAUACGCGAAAAGUGAUUCUCAGCACGAACAUCGCCGAGGCGUCCGUCACCAUCUCGGGAAUUGUCUAUGUCAUUGAUUGUGGAUUUGUCAAACUCCGCGCUUUCAAUCCAACAACUAACAUAGACGUGCUUAUUCCUUUCCCUGUGUCCAAAGCUUCCGCCACCCAACGAGCCGGCCGCGCAGGACGAACCAAGCCAGGAAAGUGUUUUCGACUAUACACAGAGCAGUCAUACGAGUCUCUACCUGCCACCACUACCCCUGAGAUCCAACGCUCCAACCUGGCGCCUGUAGUGCUUCAACUAAAGGCCCUGGGGAUCGAUAACGUCGUCCGCUUUGAUUUUCUGUCCCCACCACCUUCUCAGCUCCUGAUCCGCGCUUUCGACCUCCUUUACUCCCUGGGCGCCGUCGACGAAUAUGCAAAACUGACCUCUCCUCUCGGCACACGUAUGGCGGAGCUCUCUAUUCCGCCGAUGAUGGCGAAAUGCCUGCUCACAUCGUCUGAUGCCAAGUUCAACUGCCAGAGCGAGAUGCUCACCAUAGCGGCCAUGACCUCACUUGAGGGCAACGUUUGGUUCCACCACAGCGGUGAGAAGAAUGCAAUGGAUCUAUCAAGGAGGAAGUUUGCAGCCGAGGAAGGUGAUCACCUUACCUUACUCAACGUCUAUCAUGCCUUUGUGAGCAAAGGGAGGAAAGAAGCACGGUGGUGUCAUGAAAAUCAUCUGAAUUUCAAGUCGAUGCAGCGAGCUGUGAGCGUUCGCAACCAACUAAGGCGAUACCUGGAACGUCUGGGCGUCAAGGUCGAAGAAAACCUAUCAAGCUCCAACCCGCCGCAUCUCUCUACAGCGCAACCCACAGAUGCAGACAAGACAGUAAAUAUCCUCAAAUGUCUCGUCACGGGUUACUUCUCGCAAGCAGCAAAGAUGCAACCCGAUGGAAGUUUCCGGUCCGUGUCGGGCAAUGUUACAAUGUACGCUCAUCCGACAAGUCUGCUAUUCAACCGCAAGGCGGAAUACGUGGUCUUCCAUGAAGUCCUAGAGACUGGCGGUAAAGUGUAUAUCAAGGAUUUGAGCAAGGUGGAGAAGGGAUGGCUGGUGGACCUCUCUAGGGGAUACUACAACAUGAAGUCGUGA